UACUCUGUCUGGCAACCCUGCACAUGUCUAUGUAUCGAUAUAUCGCUAAGCUAAGCGCCUCUUCCGCAAGAAACUCGUCUGUCUGUUACAACUUUUAGUCCAUUUCGGACAUCAUCAAGGAGUUCCAUUUCAGCUGUUAAAAUCAUGUCUGACAUGGAAGGAGGUGAUGUGUUGAGCGCUCCAGUUGCCGGUGGCCCACUUGACAUCAACACAGCUACCCAAGAAGUCUUGAAGAAUGCCAUGAUCCAUGAUGGUUUGGCUCGUGGUCUCCAUGAGGCUGCCAAAGCUUUGGACAAACGUCAGGCCCUUCUCUGUGUAUUGGCUGACAACUGCAGUGAACCCAUGUACAAGAAACUGGUCACCGCUCUUUGCCAAGAGCACAACAUCCCUCUGAUGAAGGUGGACAAUAACAAGAAACUUGGUGAAUGGGCUGGUCUCUGCAAGAUCGACAAAGAGGGCAAGGCCCGCAAGGUCGUUGGAUGCUCUUGCGUUGCUGUCAAAGAUUGGGGCAUUGAGACGGAAGCUACCGCCGUCGUUCUCGACUACCUGAAGAAACAGUAAUUUCAACGACUGAUUUCAAUCGACUCUAACGGGUGUGUUUUUCUGUUGCUCAUGUAUCAUGUUGUGCCUGAUUAAAUACAUCUGCCUGUAGUCGAAUUUA